CUUUAAACCAUCCCACUCCAACACUCAGAGUCCCAUACUCAGAGAAUUCAAUCUCCAUUUCGGAUUCUCUCUUGAUACAUUUCUGCAUUUAUAUCUACAACCCGCAACUUGUUAAUUAGACUCGAUACAUCAACCAUUUUUCAAACAUGUCUGAAAAAUCUGCGUCGAAUAAUUUAAGCAUGGAGGUUUCCAUGGGCGGUUCCAAGUGUUUCGACGACGAUGGUCGACUCAAAAGAACAGGUACGGUUUGGACAGCAAGUGCACACAUAAUAACAGCUGUGAUUGGCUCUGGAGUUCUGUCUUUGGCUUGGGCCACUGCUCAGCUUGGUUGGAUUGCUGGUCCAACUGUUCUCUUCUUGUUCUCUUUUGUCACUUACUACACUUCCUGCCUUUUGGCCGCUUGUUAUCGUUCUGGAGAUUCUGUCACUGGAAAGAGAAACUACACUUACAUGGAGGCUGUCCAAGCCAAUCUUGGCGGUUUCCAGGUUAAAAUUUGUGGGGCUAUUCAAUAUAUGAAUCUCUUCGGAGUUGCUGUUGGUUACACAAUUGCAGCAUCUAUUAGCAUGACGGCGGUGAAGAGAUCGAAUUGUUUCCAUGAUAGCGAUGCCAAGGAUCCUUGUGAAAUUUCGAGCACUCCUUAUAUGAUUGCGUUUGGUGCCAUGGAGAUACUCUUCUCACAGAUCCCGGAUUUUGAUCAAAUUUCCUGGCUGUCGAUUGUGGCUGCUAUUAUGUCCUUUACAUACUCUUCCAUAGGUCUUGCACUCGGAAUUUCCAAAGUUGCAGAAACCGGUCAAUUCAGGGGAAGCCUCACUGGAAUUAGCAUUGGUACCGUUACUCAAACUCAGAAGAUAUGGAGGAGCUUCCAAGCACUUGGAGCAAUAGCUUUUGCCUAUUCUUACUCUCUGAUUCUUAUUGAAAUUCAGAACACGCUCAAAUCUCCACCAUCAGAAUCCAAGACAAUGAAGAGAGCUACACUACUAAGUGUUGUAGUGACCACUGUUUUCUACAUGCUCUGUGGAUGUUUUGGCUACGCAGCAUUUGGAGACUUAGCUCCCGGAAACCUCCUAACUGGAUUCGGAUUUUACAACCCCUUCUGGCUUCUUGACAUUGCCAACAUAGCCAUAGUAGUCCACCUUGUUGGCGCAUACCAAGUUUACUGCCAGCCCUUAUUUGCUUUCGUCGAAAAACAUGCUACAAGAAUUUUCCCCAGCAGUGAUUUCAUUAACAAAGAAUUCGAUAUCCCUCUGCCCGGGGGUUUCAAGCCUUACAAGCUCAAUCUGUUCCGCUUGGUCUGGAGGACAGUGUUCGUGAUCCUUACCACAGUCAUAUCAAUGCUUAUGCCAUUCUUUAACGACGUUGUUGGCAUUCUUGGUGCGUUCGGGUUCUGGCCUCUCACAGUUUAUUUCCCAGUAGAAAUGUACAUAGUUCAGAAAAAGAUACCAAAGUGGAGCAGCAGAUGGAUUUCUCUGCAGAUAUUGAGUGGAGCUUGCCUAAUUAUCUCUAUUUGCGCAGCUGCUGGUUCAUUUGCAGGAGUUGUUACUGAUCUCAAGGUCUACAGGCCAUUCCAGACCAGUUACUAGUGUUUCUGUUGCAAGAAACCAGGAAAUUAAGAACUGAAAUUUAGAAUUAAUGCAGUUCUUGUUCAUGUUCAUGACAAGAGUAAUGAGCAAAUUCAUCCACUUUGUGGUGUCUUUUCAUUCCAAGUUUAAUGAAUAUAGGACAGAGGAGCCUUUUUACUUUUUAUUCAUGCAUGUAACAUCUGUGGAAUUUUUCAGUGAUAAUUAUCCAUCAAAAUCUUGUAACUUACAGUUUAUUUUAAUGAAGUUGUUAAAAUUCAGUGCUGAA